AUGGCGUUAGCAGUAAAAGAUGGUGGUUCAAUGUCAUAUCAGAUUCUGAUUUUGACCCCAACCAACUAUCUGGUAUGGGCAGUCAAAGUAAAGUCCAUCAUGGAUGCACAUGGAAUAUGGGAGACUGUUGAAGCAAAGACAUCCGGUGGAGAAUCGGAUCCAAAGAAGAAGAAACAAGCUCUUGCUUUCUUAUUUCAAGCAAUACCAGAAGAGAUGGUGUUGCAAAUGUCCGAUUACACCGAUCCAAAAAGGGUUUGGGAAGGAUUAAAAACUUGGUAUUUGGGUGUGGAUCGGGUAAGAACGGCUCGAUUAGCAACUUUGAAGAGGGAACUAGAAAGCUUGCGUAUGAAGGAGGGAGAAACCGUUGAUGAUUUUGCAGCCAAGUUGAGUGGUUUAGCUUCGAAAGCACGGAGUCUCGGACAUGAACUUGAAGAAGUUGACUUGGUGAAAAGACUAAAGGCAUAUGAGGAGCGCAUCAAAGGAUCCGAGAAGGUGGAGGACGUUCAUGGUGGGUUGUUGUUGUCAAGAGAAGAAAAGUCAGAUGGUUGUAUGCAUUGUGGCAGUGGAGGUUCGCAUCGAGAUGGCUUUGGAUGUGGCCGGGGAAGAGGUCAUGGGUCUGGGAGGAGCCAAGAUGGUAAGGAACGUGUUCGGGACAAGACUCACGUAAAAUGCUACAAAUGUGGUGAAUUCAGUCAUUACAACAAUGAAUGUCCAAAGUGGGAAAAAGAAGCAAACUUGAUCAUCGAGGAGGAGCCGACAUUACUGUGA